GACAUGUAAUUACGUACUAAAUGCUCCAGAGUCAUGUGCAAUGUGCAUAGUUACCUCAAGCUAGGAACAUACCUGGGAGCAUAUCCUUGUGUCAACUUUCAAGUUUCAACCAACUCAACUCAACUCUACAUAUACCAUUUCACACAUCAUCUCAACAACCUAUAGUGUUUCUUCAAGAUGGAUGCUAUAGUAGCCACCAAACUAGAUCAUGAGAACCACCUUCUUCUUGACCAGCCCUUACUUCGACUGCCUAUUGAGCUCCUGCGCAAGAACUUCCGGUCGGCACAUUUCGAGGUAGAGAAGGAUGGCAGCUACAUCAAAAGCACCCUGAAAGAGACGGCCACCGGGAGCGUCAAUGGCCGCAGCUCUCAAGCCGAUGUCCUCAAGAACCUCGACUCCAUGAUCGCUCGUAUGCGCGGCGUAAAACGAAAACUUACCACUUUCGCUGAAGAGGAAAGCCGCCUCCAUCGCCAUGAAGAAGCUCGCGUUAAGCAUCUCUCCGAUCUCUAUAGCAUACACAGCGUCGACGACGUCAAGUACGAGGCCUGGAGCCGGACCCGACUAGACCGGCUCCUAAUCGAUUAUCUAUUACGACAUGGCUAUGUCGACAGUGCAAGGGCCUAUGCCCAAGAGAAAGGAAUCGAGCUGCUCGUCGACCUAGAUACAUUUGAACAGAUGAACAGAAUUCGAAAAUGCAUCUUGAAUCGAAGUGUGGCAGAGGCUUUGGCAUGGUGUACUGCUGGUGAUACCAAGAAAGAAUUACGGAAGAUGGAUAGUAACCUCGAAUUCAUGCUUAGGUUCCAGCAAUACAUCGAACUAGUUAGGGACCGGUCUACGCAACCUACCGACGUCUUAGCUCACGCCCGCAAGUUCCUCAUCCCCUAUCGGGACACAUACCAAAGGGAAGUCCUACAAGCAUGCGGUAUGCUGGCCCUGCCUCCUGGGUCCGCCCAGGACAUUCCCGCCUACACAGACCUGUACUCGCCAGCACGAUGGGAGAUGCUUGCAAACCUCUUUACGACAACCCAUAACGCUCUCCUCUCACUUCCUCCUAUCCCCCUCCUUCACGUCGCCUUAUCAUCCGGUCUCUCUGCCCUUAAGACCCCAGCCUGCCACUCCUCACACCCGGCCUCCGCCGCUGGCCCUCCCUCCCACUCAACAAGCUUAUCUUUGGCGACGAGCGUCUGCCCGAUCUGCAGCACCGAGCUCAACGAGCUCGCCCGCAAUGUUCCGUAUGCUUUUCAUAGUAAGAGCCACGUUGAACCAGAUCUGGUCCUGCUACCAAACGGCCGCGCUUAUGGCAAAGCUCGCCUCGAGGAGUACGCACGCAAAGCAGGCUUACUAGAUGGCCAAGUCAAAGAUUUGAGGACCGGUGAGGUAUUCAUGAUGGAGCGGGUUAAGAAAGUGUACAUCACAUAACCGUUGCCUACCCUCAUUUCCUUUGGCAUCUACCAUAAUGAUUAUGACUUUAGCAUCAGUGUAUUAUUCACUUUAUUUAUAAAGGACGAGAUACGAGCACAGUGUGUCCUUUCCUUCCCUGUUCUACCCCCUUCACCUUGUUACUUGUACGUAUAUACCGACCUAUCACUAGAACUGACGGAGGAUGGAGUUUCACUGUGGAAGCCUUCACUUUCUUAAUAAUAGCUGGGGGGGCGGCGAUCCGGUGGUUCGGUAGCUUGAAGUGUGGACAUAGCUAGCUAUAGUUUACUCAAGCAACAUCAUUUUGAUCACUCACUCUCCCCAUUCUUGUCCUCUCUCUUGAGUUACCUUUUUAUGAUAAACUGAAGACCUACUCUGUUAUUCUGAACAUUUUGCUUCCAUAGAAAUUGCAUUGGUAGUCCAGACAAGACAACACAAGUCAGAAGAUGUUCUGUUCUGCAAUUAACGUCUCAAUGCCCAGAUCAAUGAGCAUGUGAUCAUAGGUACCUAUCAACUGUGCCUAUACUAUCUUCCCUUGUUUGCUUUGCCAUGAGGGCUUUCAAACCUUGGUACCGGGCAUUGCCUAAUAAUCAUAUCGAUAUCAUGCCUCCCCCUUUUCCCUCACUGGUGACUAGACAUUGCCAUGUCACUGAUCAACCAUCCCCCUUCACACUCGUCCAUCU